AGGACCAGACGCUUCGAGCUAUCGCACAGGAAGGGAGGUAACUCUAAUUUCCUACAUGUAUCUGAAAGCGUGGUUUGCUAGAAGUUUCUUCAUCAUCGAUCAAGAUGGCGGACGACAACAAGGCUAAGGCAGCAGAGCUGAAGCUUCAAGGAAACAAAGCUUUGGAGCAGGGGAAUACAGAGGAGGCUGUACGAUGUUACAGCGAGGCUAUCAAGCUGGACGAUGGUAACCACGUCCUCUACAGCAACCGCUCGGCAGCACUACUCAAGUGUGGCAAGUACCUCGAGGCCCUGGGGGAUGCAGAUAAGACAGUGGAAAUUAAACCUGACUGGGGAAAGGGCUAUUCACGUAAAGGUGCUGCACUAUGUUACCUGGAGAGGUAUCAAGAAGCAUUGGAGGUCUAUGAAGAGGGCCUGAAGCUGGAUCCCAAAAAUCAGCAGCUUCUAGAUGGUCUGGAUGAUGCCAAGAAGCAUCUUACUGGCCCUGCUGGGAGUCAGCCAGUGACAAAUCCCUUUGCAAUGCCGGAUUUGUUUGUUAAGCUGGAAGCCAAUCCGAAGACACGGGAGUUCCUGAAACAGCCGGACUACCGACUGAUGAUGGAAGCCCUACAGAAGAACCCUAACAGUUUACAAAAUAUUCAAGAUCCACGUAUCAUCGCAACACUUGGUGUCUUGUUUGGAUUUGAAACUAUGGGUGAUGAUCGUGAGGAUCCAAUGCCACCCCGGAAACAAGAGCAAGCCUCACCCAGAAACAACAAACAGCCGACCAAAUCAGAAGACAAGUCUUUAUCCUCAAAUCAGAAACAGGCCUUGGAGGAGAAAGAUAAGGGGAAUGCAGCUUACAAGAAGAAGGACUUUGCUGCUGCACUGGAGCACUACCAGAAGGCUGCGGACCUCGACCCCGCAAACAUCACCAUCCUCACUAACAGGGCAGCCGUGUAUUUUGAACAAGCCAAGUACGACGACGUGUGUAUAGAGGAAUGUAAGGCAGCAAUUGAACUAGGACGAGAACACAGAGCCGACUAUAAAUUGAUAGCCAAAGCAUGCUAUCGUAUAGGUAAUGCAUAUAUAAAAAAGGAGGAUUUGACAAAUGCAUUGGCAUUUUUCAACAAAUCUUUAUCAGAGCAUCGAGUCCCAGACGUAGUGAAGAAAGCAAAUGAGGUUGAAAAAUUGAUCAAAGAGAGAGAAAAAUUAGCAUAUAUCAACCCAGAAUUGUCUCUACAAGAAAAGGAGAAGGGGAACGAAUGCUUCAAGAAAGGUGAUUAUCCUAAUGCUGUGAAGCAUUACACAGAGGCCGUUAAACGGAACCCGGAGGACGCCAAGCUUUACAGCAACAGGUCUGCCUGUUACACAAAGCUCAUGGAGUUUGAGCUGGCGCUGAAAGAUUGUGAUACAUGUAUCAAGAUUGACCCCAAAUUCAUUAAAGGCUAUCUACGUAAGGGAGCUAAUCUGCUGGCUAUGAGGGAACCGACCAAGGCUUCCGUGUGGUAUCAGAAGGCUCUGGACAUUGACCCCAGCUGUCAGGAAGCACUUGACGGCUACAAGAAGUCAGCAACUGCCGAGAACAGCGACCCCGAGGCAGUGAAGAAGCGUGCAAUGAGUGACCCCGAGGUGCAGCAGAUCCUGCAGGAUCCAGCUAUGCAGAUGAUCCUGCAACAGAUGACCAAAGACCCUAACGCAGUCCGAGAGCACCUGAAGAACCCCCAGAUUGCUGCUAAGAUUCAGAAGUUGAUGGAAGUUGGCAUCAUUGCCAUACACUAAGGAUUGCCUUAACUUGGUCGUCACUUCCGUCAUGACCUCCAGGGGGUGCUGUGCUUGUUGAGCUCACUUCAUGAUCAUCUUCAUGUCUCUGAUACGCAACUGGCCUUUGAUAGUGCAUGUGUAUGUAUAUAGGAAGACUGAAGAGUGGUAAAACUGCCUUGAACAGUGCCAGGUACAUUGCUCUCUAAAAUGUGUGCUUCUUGUUCAUACCUAUAAAUUGGAACUAUGAAUUAACUAUUUGUAAUAAGUUACAUUUUAGCAUACUUGAAUUGUACUUGUUAUUUCUGGCUUUCAUGUUGUAAAAGAAAGCAAUCAGUGAAGACAUUCUAGGACAACAUUGUUUUAUAAUCGGACAUCAGGUGACAUUUCACAUAGGACAGCUUGACAUGCUGUCACAUGGCCUGGGGCAGCCAACAGGAACCUUCCCACCAGCUACUCUUCAACAAUGCUUCUGCAGUUCAUCUGGUCAUGUACAUCGAAGAGCUUCAUUUUGGAUCAGCAACAUUUUGUGCCGGUCUGGAGGGGAUUAAGUCUUGUGUAUGUUUUCCUGUAUCAAAUAUGGUUGUAUUUGUCAUGCCUCACAUGUAACUGAAUACCUUGACUUCUGCCUGCAGGAUUAUUGAAACAACCAUUUGCACAAAGUCUGCUGUUUCAGAAACAGUGCUGUAUAAAGGAGGACAUCAUCAAUCUUCA